CCCAAAACCACUUCUACAGAGCCCUGGACGUUCCUUUCCUUUUUCUCUUUAAGAAAUCGUUCUGAAUCGUUCCAGCCUGCUACUUUAUCCACUUUUUUUAUAAUGUAAUCGACUUCACUUUAGUAUACAAUGGCAAACUAGACUACCCUUUCACCGCUAGUGAAACGAGCGUUGUAAAAGAGAGGUUCGUAUGGAAGUGCACUCGUUUUUUAAAUCUGAUAUUCUCCAUUUCGAAUAUGGCAUCUUCUUUUAAACAAGUAUUUUAUAAAUAAAUAUAGCUCUAUAAGUUGUUUAUCCUAGCUUUUAUGAGUUAAAGCCUUCAGGGCUUACAGUCUUCAACAGGUAGCUUUUGGACUACGAAGGAGCCCAAUGGUUGUUAUAUAAAGAUGAAAUUGUCUAUGUUUAAAUUACUUCUUGCAUACUAAACCAAUUUCUACGGAACUUCUUAUGAGUGCUUAAACAUUGAGUGAAAGUCUUUUCGCUACUUGUUCCUACUUUUCGGUUUUUUUGAAAUUCUUAUAGACUGUUUUACAGCAAAAGAAAACUCCUUAUGCUGUUCAGCCUACUCCAUUCAUAACUCUUCUGGCUAUUUCCUUCAUCUUCUUUCGAUUGAUAGGAGAUGAACUUGUGCGUAUGCUUUUUCUUCUUUUAAUUUUUAUAUGAUUUCUAUCCUUAUGGAUUAGUCCUUCAUCAGCUUUCUUCAUUUACUAUUUUAUUGCUUAUACUGACUUCCAUUUUGCCAUCCACCUUUGUAGAAACUGUCAAUGCAUGCAUUAUUACAUAAAAAUUGUUUGUGAAAAUCCCGUUCAAGAUAUAUUUUCAUUAAAAAACGAAAAUAAAUCCAAAAAAAACACCAGGUGGCCUCCAAAAGAACACGCAGGGUUUCGCUUGGAAGAAAUCUCAAUUAUUUCUAUGGACCACCAGCAAACUCAUGUCCCAAGGGUAGAAGAAGUUAGUCUGGGUCAUGGGAUUAUUCAUUUGUACAAAGAAAUUCCAGAUAUGACCAGUGAAUUCCGUGCACCCGGACUCCUUCUUGCUAUUCUGGCUAUCCCUCUAUAUAUGUCGCCUUCAGAUAUACUCGGAUUUUUGGGAGAAAAGAGUUGUAGGUCUAUAAGUCAUAUUCGCCUGUUGAGGACGAAAGUCCAGAAUCGGAUUCUCGCUCUUUUGAAAUUCGUUGAUCAAGUCAGUGUAAUUCGUUUCUUUUCUGAAUAUAAUGGAAAAGCUUUCAGUCAAAUAGAGCCCGAGACAUGCCAUGUCGUUCACGUUGAUGAGAUUCAAGUUGAAAGCCCUUCAGAUUCCCCUACACCUUUGAUGAACAUUACUUCACGAGCAUCUACUUUCUCACGCCCCUUGGCUCCGCCUACGCCCUCCCUUGUAGAGCUUCCUACAUGUGUGGUAUGUCUUGAGAGAAUGGACUCUUCGGUAACAGGACUUAUCACUAUUGCUUGUCAGCAUACCUUCCAUUGUCAAUGCUUACAAAAAUGGGGGAACUCUUCUUGCCCCGUUUGUAGAUAUACCCAAAAAGAUCAAGCCCUCCGUCAUUCUGGGAAAUGCUUUGCCUGCUCAUGUGAAGAGGAUCUGUGGAUGUGUCUUAUCUGCGGUAAUAUUGGCUGUGGCAGAUAUCAUGAUGCUCAUGCAAAGCAGCAUUUUAUUGAAACCAAUCAUUGCUAUGCUAUGAAUUUAGAAAGUCAACGGGUUUGGGAUUAUGCAGGCGAUAGCUACGUCCAUCGCUUGCUGCAGUCCGAGCUAGAUGGAAAAGUGGUUGAACUAUCGAAUGAUUCAAAGCCGGCCGGAGAAAGUUCUGCUUUCGACCAGUCAAACUUAAAGAUCCGUGAGAAAAUGGGGCUUGAAUACACUCAAAUCUUAACUUCGCAGUUGGAAUCUCAGCGUAUAUUUUAUGAAUCACAACUAUCUUCUAUGGCGGAAAAGCUAACUCGUUCGAAUGAAGAAAUAACUCUAAAGUCCAAGAUUACCACAGCCUCUUCAAAUGCUAAUAAUGAACUUCGUUCGCGGGUGGAUGUUGCUGAAGGUAAUUUGAAGAAGAAGGAUAACAAAAUCAAGAAGCUUUCUUCGGAAAUAAUCCAAUGGAGGCAUGAUUACGACGAAGAAAAGAGCAUGAACGAGAAUUUGUUGAUGCGAAUUCAAUCCUUAGAGGCUAGGCAUAACAAGAAAGUUGAGGAAAUUGUCUCUAUGCAGCAGCAAAUUUCUGAUUUAUCAGAUCAGUUAAGGGAUUUAAUGUUUACAAUAUCUGCUUCUCAAGAGCUUCAAAAAUUUAAUGAUUCAGAAGACGUUAAGAAUGCUACGGUUGUCGUACCGAACGCAGCAAUAGCAAGCUCGUCGUCAACAAAGGCUAAAAAAAAGAAAAAGAAAAAACUCGUGCCUGCUGCAUCAAGCAGUUCAUAGAAUCUCAAUUGCUGUGUCUUUUCUGUUUAUGAUUUAUAUGUUUAUGUACAAUACCAAUUCAUAAUAUUAAUGAAAUUUACUCUUCCAAUUACUCCUCAUUCUAUUCUUUCUGAUUGAACGUAAUUUUUGUCUUACUUUGAGGGUUUUGGAACAAGUGCAAACAUUUUAA